ACCUCAUGCCGUCAGAAGCAGUUCAACCGUAUAUUUAAACAUAACGUAAAUAAUUUCCCGUUUUAUUGUAAAGAUGGGGAAGUUAUUGAUACUAGUUUUGUGUGCUGUCAGCGUGAUAUACGCGAAAAAUUGCAUCACCAGUAAGUCUCCGUUUCCGUUCAAUGAAUUAAAACACUCGAAUCAUUCGAACCGGGUUUCGUCGACUUUGCAAGCUGUUUUCAAUCGAAGAGGCGUGAAUUUUACUCUGGUUGAAGGUUACUCCUGUCGAAAUGCCACCGGAAACGUCUACUGGUAUCACGUAAUUCUGGACGGAGACACCACCCGGUCUGAAGUAUCGUUCGUUGAAGCCACCAACGGGUCCAAACGGGGACGAAUCGAUUAUCUGGUGUUGGAACCUGGCAAAACUCACUAUUCCUAUCGCUGGAAAAUUGCUUCAAUAAAGUGAUGAGUGGAUUUACAA